AUGAUUAUGCAGCUCAGCACUCUCAUAGCAUGGGCUCCCCUGCUGCUUGCUUCGUUAAGUUCAGCGGAAUUCACCCCAGACACACAGCUUUCCCUCGCAACUCCGCUCUCCGAUAAUAACGUCAAGCUCAAUGGCGAGUGGGAUCACUUCGGCGCCAUAUCGCUACAGACUGAUCGCCUCCAGUUGACCCCUGCGAAACCUAAUCAGGUCGGUGCUAUCUGGAAUAAGAUCAAGAAUGGACAUCUUUCUUGGUCUGCGGAAGCCACUUUCCGUGUAUCAGGCGAGGAAAGAGGAGGAAACAACGGAAUGGCAAUUUGGUACACCGCAGACCGCGGCGAAUCAGGUCCAAUCUUCGGCUCCAAAGACAAAUGGGACGGUCUCGCCCUAACCUUCUCCACCGGAAAGGGCGGCCUUGGCUUCGUCCGUGGUCAUCUUAACGACCGAAGCAUCCAAUACUCCAGCCUCGAGGAUCCCUCCCGACAAGCCUUUGGCUCAUGCGCGAUGAAAUAUCGCAACACCGGCGACAUGGUCCGGGUACGGAUCGUGCAGUCAGACGGAAGGCUGAGAGUUGAGACGAAUGGAAAUCUGUGUUUUGAGACGAAUCAGGUGGAGUUGCCAAGGGGAAACUACUGGGGAUUGUCGGCGUCUAGCACGGAUCAUCCCGAUACGCACGAGUUGUUCACAUUCAAGGUCAUUCCUUUGGCGGGUAGCGAUUUUGCUGCUAUGCCUGCACCCCCCGGCGGCCAAGAGCAGGGUCACUUUGUCCCUCCUCCUGUACAGCGCGAAGCACCCGUCGACACGGGCGCAACACCCGGUCUCGCUCAACAGAUCAACCGCUUGGAGAUGCAGUUCUCCUCCUUGACUCGUCGCAUGGAUUCUUUGCAGGCAUCUAAGUCCCUCAUUGACCGUGUUGACAAUCAACUGGAUGCUAUCACCCGUGUUGUCAUGGAUUUACAAAAUAAGGUUGGUCAGGGAUUGGGUGGUAGUGACGUUGCUUCCCGCGCUCAAACACAACGUGUCGUGGACGAGGUGUCUCGUCUGACUGCCCGUCUAGAUUCUCUGGAGAAGAUCAUGCGCGAGCACACCUCCUCGGUCCUCGGAUCGCUGCCAGACACCGUCACUACCGCCAUGAUGGGCAUCCCUCAGUCUGCUGUUGGGUGGUCAGGACUUAUGUUCAUCUUUGCUUUGCAGAUCGCUGUCCUCGGUGGUUAUGCUUGGUUCAAGAGAAGGUUAGACUCACCAAAGAAGUACCUUUGA